AUGCCUUCAAAUGUGAAUUUACAACUGACUAUUCGUUGUGUCGUGCACAAUGCCUUGCCUCAGGCAACAGACGAGAUCGAAUUGGUGACUCAAGUGAUUGGAAGAGACCAAUUUCCCGGACGAGUGCCCUCGAAUCUGGACCUUCUUAUGCGAAGAUUCAACGAGGUUCAGUACUGGGCCACAACCGAGGUGCUGUUAGCGCUGCCACAAAAGCGCGUCACAACCCUUCGGAAGUUCAUCAAAAUUGCCAUGUAUGCAAAGGAAAAUCGGGACUUGAUGACCUCUAUUUGCCAUCACUCUGGGUCUCAGCAACAUCGCUGUCAGCCGACUCGCACAUCUCUGGGAACGCCUUCCAGCAAAGCUCCGUCGGCAGUUCGCCGAAUUCGAAUCGCUGUUGGACCCAUCACGGAAUCACCGCCCCUACCGUGCCCUUGUCGCCAAGAAAAAUCGUCGCAGUUGGUUUCGCAUUCUAUGGAUCGCACUGUCCCUCGCACAGAGAGAGCAGGCGAGCCCUCUACCACCAACCUGCUGCUACUGUGCAACGACUUUGGUAGGGGUGGAAGCCCUGGCUUGGACACGAUGUCGUCACCUCUGAUACCGUUCGUGCCGCUUCUUUCUGAAGGAUUUGACGUUCAUUCACGAAGGCAACAAGACUUACUAUAA